AUGUCUAUGGAGGAUGAAGAAGACAAGUUUGCCCACUCAAGGUUUAGAGAUCACAGAGUUAUCCUCACCAAACAUCCUCAUCAACUUCACCAAAAUAUUUUCAACAUCAUGGAGAAUCAUGCUUGCAAAGGCUUCAAGAAAGAUCUCACCACCUAUCUUAACACUCAGUUGGCUCACUCUCAUUCACAUGGACAGCUCAGAGAUAUGAGUCUUCCUUUCAGUCAUAUCGAUAUCUAUCAUGGAUUCAAAUUCUGUCUAGACUCAUUAGGCAAUGACAUUGACUUUGAUCAAAUGGAGGAGGCAGAUAUUGUCAAAGCACAACCAUCUAUUUCUCAUAAAGCUGCAUGCUUUGAUACAGUUGUAGUAAUGGAUGAGCCUGACUGUGAAUCUACUGGUUUAACAGGUGAGUAA